AUGGAACCAGAAGUAGGAGAAAUUCCAAUGAAGACGGCGGCGACGAAGACUCCAGCUGUCAAGAAGAAUGGAGCGACAGUCAAUCGUGGAAAACUGGACGAUGAUGAUGGCAGUGUCGAAGCUCCACCACCACCACCACCACCAUCAACAGCAAAAAAUGAUGGACAUGAUGUUGAAGCUCCUCCUCCUCCACCACCACCACCGCCACCAGCAACUGAGGAAUCAUCUUUAAUGACUGAAACGAAUAGGCAACGACCAAAGAUGAACCAGCAAUACCACCACCAAGAAGAAAAGAAGGACCAGGAUGAUCCAGAAGUAGAGAAACAAGAGCAGGCAAAAGACAGGGCAGCACCUGUCAAGGAGGAGGAGAAGCCUAUGGAUGUCAAAGUCAACGACCACCACCCGACAACGACAACGACAACAACAGCGGAACAAGAAUUAUCCACUUCGCCGACUCUAUUCAAAAAGUACAAGAAUAUCUUUUGUUGCGUCUUGGUCUUACUUUUGAUUGCCAUUGUGGCUCUUUUGAUUGUUUUCGUUGGCCGAGCCGACGAAACUGAGAAAGCUGCUGCUAGUCAUGCUCCCCCCCUUCUCACUCCCGAUGGUGAUGGAAUUCUCGGUGGGGACGGUAACCCCAGCGAAGACGAAACCGCACAACCCACGACACCCAACCCGACAGUCACGCCCGGAUUGCCCACCAUGGCUCCCACUGGACUGCCCACCAUGGCUCCGGCACCCCCAACCCGUACUCCCACGGGAGCUCCCUCCCGGACUCCCACCACUCCCAGUCCCACCCAAAAUCCAACGCAAUUCCCCACGCCCAUUCCCACGAUCAAUUUUGAACAACCCUUGACUCAAUAUUUGCAAGACAAUUUUGGGAUUAGUGCAAAUGGGAAUGAAAAUAAUCAGCAAGUCUUGCAAGUCAUGUUGGAAGAAGCCAAGGCCGAUGGGGGCAAUGGUGAGCUUGCCUUGCGACCCAAAUUGGCCCAACGAUUUGCCUUGUUGAAAAUGGAUUUGGUACUCUUUGGAACACGCAACAAUGGCAUUGUCGGUGAUUUCUUUGAUCCAAUUAAGAAUGAUAAUGGUGGUGAUUCGGUGGUGGAUACGAUUCUUAUGGACAAUGAUAAUAAUAAUGAUAACGGUCGUCGUCGACAGUUGCAAUCCUUGUAUUCGAGAUGGGGUGCCUUUAAUCAAGACGAAUGCGCAUGGCGAGGCAUUACUUGCGAUUCCAAUCAACAGGUGGUUAAAAUUGAAUUGGGACAACGCAAUUUGAAUGGAAGGAUUCCGACCGAAAUUGGGUUGCUCUCUGCACUGACUUGGCUUGAUAUUGCAGACAACAAGCUCCAAGGAAGUCUGCCAGAAGAAUUGUACAAUUGCUUGUCGCUGCAAAAGAUUUUUCUCUAUAAAAAUCAACUCGGCGGCACCAUUUCGGAAAAGAUUGAACGGCUGUGGAAUCUCACUGAUUUCAACCUUUCGGUCAAUCAACUAACUGGGCCCAUUCCACCUACCAUGAAAUCGGGCGGUCGAGGUAUUUUCAAGAUUCGAACCUUUAGCGUAUUUGACAACCAAAUGACCGGCACCAUUCCAAAUAACCUCAAGCUACGGCAAAUGUUCAAUUUUGAUCUUGGACGGAAUCAAUUUGGUGGGAUCCUGCCGGACUUCACGGAAUAUGUUCGGCUACGUCACUUGCAUCUGGACCACAAUCAGUUCAUUGGGCCAGUGGGAAAUGUCAUUAAUGCAGGCGACGGUAGACUCUUGACAUUGAGUUUGAACGACAACCAAUUCACGGGCGCCUUGCCAGGAGAUCACAUGUUUAUCACGGAAAUGGUGCAAUUCACAGCACAGAACAAUCGAUUCACAAGCAUGGGAGAAAGAACCUGCUUGCUCAAUGUGUUGCAAACGGGAGAACUGCCUGAAUUCAAGAGUGAUUGUGAUAUAUGCAUUUGUGGAAGGAACAACCAAAUGUGCCGAAAUUGCUACGAUUAG